GUUUUGACGUUUUUCGAAAAACAUGCAAUGAAUGAAAUAAUAAAUUAAUAAUAAAAAGUUAAUUUGUUGUAUUACAUCUGAGUAUCAUAAUACAUAAGUAGAGCCUUAAUUAUUUAUUCGCAAUAAAUAUUUGCUGGAGAUUUUAUAACCUUACUAUACGUUCGCCUAGUUCUUUUUAAACUACAAUGGCAAUUUUUCGGUUGUUUACGAAUUUUACAAAAACUUUAUAUUCUAAUGAUAUCUGUAGAAGUAUUUCAUUAUCUGCAGCAAGAAAUUUAAAAGAGAUCAGAGAAACAAAACAAGGCAAUACAACAAUAGUAGAAGGUAUUAUAUAUGCAGAUCCAAAAGAACAUUUAAUGUUGAAACCUAAAAAUGGAGCGUGUCCUAUGUGUUCUGCUGGAGUUGAUGUAAAGCACACAGAUGUCCUCAUUCUCAAACAGUUUGUGAGACAAGAUGGUUGUAUGUUGCCACGAAGAAUAACAGGUUUAUGUUAUGUACAGCAAAAACGAGUUGGCAUUAUGGUUACUAUGGCUCACAAAGCUGGGUUGAUGGGUACAUUAAAACCCAAACAAUGUAAAAUGGAUCCAAAGAAAAGACGCGAUUGGAAAAAAUACAACCAAUAUUAUUGUGAAAAUACUAUCAAGCAGAGAUAUUAUUAAAAUUAGAUACAUUGUAUUGUACAUAUUUACAAAAAAGUAUUGUUAUACUUUGCUUAAAGCUCUUUACAACAUAAAUAUAAUUUCAGUUUGUAUUAAAA